AGCUGCUAUCAUCGUCGCUGUCUCCCUGACCAGUGUCCAUCACCGUCCGCUAGCUGCGUUAGCAUCGAGCUAACCCGCAGCAGCACUCAAUCCACACGUUGGUCGACUUGGAAGUCAUUCGGAUUGACAUUUGCUGUAAACGACUGGCGCCUGAUACACAAACGCAAAGAUGCAGUUCAUGCUUCUGUUCAGUCGCCAGGGGAAGUUGCGGUUGCAGAAAUGGUACGUUCCUCUGUCAGACAAGGAGAGAAAGAAGAUCUCCAGAGACCUGGUCCAGACCAUACUGGCCAGGAAGCCAAAGAUGUGCAGCUUCCUGGAGUGGAGGGACCUGAAGAUUGUCUAUAAGAGGUAUGCAAGUCUGUAUUUCUGUUGUGCUGUGGAGGAUCAGGACAACGAGCUGAUCACCCUGGAGAUCAUCCACAGAUAUGUUGAGCUGCUGGACAAAUACUUUGGCAGUGUGUGUGAGUUGGAUAUCAUCUUCAACUUUGAAAAGGCUUACUUCAUCCUUGAUGAGUUCCUCCUGGGCGGGGAAGCACAGGAAACCUCCAAGAAGAAUGUGUUGAAAGCCAUCGAACAGGCCGACCUGCUGCAGGAGGAGGCUGAAGCACCGCGCAGCGUUCUGGAAGAAAUUGGUCUGACAUAAAUUGUCACAGGGUUAGUUCCCUCCUGGCAGCCUUCGAGUCUUGAUCCCCGUCUACUUGGUCAGUGUUGUGUGUAAAUAAUCCAGGUUGUGUUACCAUAAAGUGUAAUGUCUUUAAAUGUAUUGUCGACGGUAGCUUCAGUCCCCGCACGUACGCACAACCAGAAAAUAUGGUAGCAGCGUUGAUGUCCUGUGAGUUCUGUGCCGUCUUUCGGGAUUAAUCUGUUACUCAGUUAAGCAUCUCACAUUCUGGGAGGAAAACAAAAGAUCACUGAAGUGAAUACUAAAUCACAUAUAGGCUGCUAAUGUCAACUUUCCAGAAUAUGUGAUGCUAAAAAUCAUCAGCAGAUUUCAGUUGUUGUUUGUAUCAUGCAAAAACGUAGCACUAGACUCAACAGAUGUUAGCUAGCAAAUGUAGUUUCCUGGUUGUGUCCCUGCUUGAAUUUUCGCUGUAAUGUUGUGCGUCAACUUGUGUCAGUUUGCUCAGUUUUCCCCUAAAUCUUUGUCUUGUAAAGAGAAUUGUACACUCUGGAAAGGAUAGUAAAGUGAAAUCAAUGCACUUGUUUUUUCUUCUACUUUGGCUUUGUCUGACCAAAGAACACUGUGUUUUAUCCUAAAAUUGUGUACAUACAAAUUCACUCGGCAAAAGGGAUUAAAAUUAUGUUCUCAACACAGCCUGUAUUUGAAGGUCCAUUAAAAAAGAAGAAUGACUUUGAUUGCUGCAAGUUGAGAUUCUUGUUUUUUAGCUGCAGAUGCAUUUAAAAACGCUGGAAAUAUAAUUCUCAAUUGUAUCAGAGAAAAAUAAACGAAUGUGUGUAUGC